AUGACACAAAAUCUCCUUGAAGCUGCGUGUAACGAAGAGUGGGAGAAGGUUCGACGACUGGUUGAAGAAGGAGAGAACGUGAAUGGUGUGGAAGGAGGGUGGACACAUACAGCUUUACACUGGGCUGUCAUUUUUAGAAAUGCAGAUAUGUGUUCGUUUUUGCUGUCACGUGGUGCGAACGUCAAUCAGGCAGACACUGAUGGACAUACGCCGCUUCAUACCGCUGCUGAUUGGCAGCAAGCCAAUAUCUGUCAACUGUUAGUUGAUCACAAAGCUGAUGUUACUUCUGUCAACACUAAAGGUGAAACUCCUCUUCUCAUAGCGUUAUCUACUCAGAGAUUUCCUUGGCUUGCACAUGACUCUCCCUCUGUGUGUCGUCCACUGAUAACAAAUGAGAGUGUAAAUGUAGCAGAUCAUCAUGGUACCCGCCCUUUACACAUAGCAGUACACAAUAGUAAUCAUGCUUUACACAUAGCAGUUGAAGAAGGUCACAUUCAGACCGUCCAGCUGUUGGUGGAUUGUGGAGCAGACGUAAAUGAAUUGAAUGAAGAUGGACAAACACCACAACAGAGAAAACCUUCACAUAUGGCUAAUGAGUCAGUAUUGAAAUCUUAUGAAGUACACAAUAGUAAUCAUGCUUUACACAUAGCAGUUGAAGAAGGUCACAUUCAGACCGUCCAGCUGUUGGUGGAUUGUGGAGCAGACCAACAGAGAAAACCUUCACAUAUGGCUAAUGAGUCAGUAUUGAAAUCUUAUGAAGUACACAAUAGUAAUCAUGCUUUACACAUAGCAGUUGAAGAAGGUCACAUUCAGACCGUCCAGCUGUUGGUGGAUUGUGGAGCAGACGUAAAUGUAUUGAAUGAAUAUGGACAAACACCACUACAUACAGCAGCUGGUGGAGAGAGAGACUGCCCUGAAUUGUGUUCUAUUUUACUGGAACAUAAUGCCAAGGUUGAUACAGUGGAUAAAGAUGGAAACCAACCACUACACUUGGCAUGUAAACGAAGGCAUACUGCAACUGUACACGUAUUGUUGUCUCAUGGGGCUGACGUCACUGCUCUAAACAAGUGGCAGAGGAAACCUUUACAUUUGGCAAAUGAGUCAGUUUUGAAAUCUUAUAGAGUACACAAUGGUAAUCAUGCUGUACACACAGUAGUUGAAAAAGGUCACAUUCAGACUGUCCAACUGUUAGUGGAUUGUGGAGCAGAUGUUGAUGCAGUGGAUAAAGAUGGAAACCAACCACUACACUUGGCGUGUAAACAAUGGCAUACUUCAACUGUUGGUUUAUUGUUAUCUCAUGGUGCUGAUCUAACUGCUCUAAACAACCAACAGAAAAAACCUUUCCAUUUUGCAAAUGAAUCAGUACUGAAAUCUUAUGAAGUACAUGAUGGUAAUCAUGCUUUACACAUAGCAGCCAAACGAGGUCACAUUCAGACUGUCCAGUCGUUAGUAGAUUGUGGAGCAGAUGUAAAUGAAUUGAAUGAAGAUGGACAAACACCACUACAUACAGUAGCUGGUGGACUGGAAGACUGUCCUGAAUUGUAUAAAGAUGGCAACCAACCACUACACUUGGCAUGUGAGGCUGAUUUAACAUCAACAGUUCAAUAUCUGUUGGACUGCAAUGCUGAUGGCAGUUCGUAG